AUGCCGUUCGAUUAUGAUCAGUACCAGCAGAAGGUUAACACACUCUCGACCGAACAGCUUCAUAAGGAAUGGGAGAAUUAUACUCGGCAGAUUGCUGGGGGAGCGACUUCCACGGCAACUUCAGUUCUCUUUUCACCGCUAACAGCUGGUGUUUCUUUGAUUGGGCUUGGAAUAGCAGCACCUAGAAUUCAUAAUGCACGAAAGAAGAGAGAGAUCAUCGAGGCAGGACUCCAGGCUAGAGGAGACACUCACAACACAAGGAAGCGAGAUGUCGCCGCACCUAUGGCUGUUGCCGGAGUCAUCAGCGGGUUGACGCUAGGAUUGGCAGGCCCGGGUGCUGAGAUGUUAGGAGCAGAAGCUGGCGCAAAGGGAAUGGAAUACAUCGUAGCUCAUGCGGCUUUGGAUGGAGCUGGUGCUGUUCUUGAGCAAAAACAUGACGAUCAUACCAAGAAGAAAGCAGAGGCUAAGUUACAACAUCAGCAACCAGGUUUCCAGAAACAGUAUGCUAUGGGUCAAGUCACGCAACCUCAGACGAUGGGAUUGCAACCGAUGAUGGCAGCUCCUCAGAAUCUUGUCCAUCUUCCUGGAGUUUAUGCGCCACCAGGAAUGGUGGCCAUGAUGGUACAACCUACGAACAACACGCAACAACAACAACUACAACAGUUCAUGGCACCUGGUCAGAACCAAAGUUUUGCACCCUUAGGAACGUCAACAGCAGUCCCGCAGUAUCAACAAGUAAUCAACCAGCCAGGAUUUAUCCAGCAACAGACUCCUUCGGGUCAAGCAGCUCCCCCGUAUCAGUUAACAUACCAGCAACCUCAACCAGCAAUAGCAUCAUACAUGGGAGGUUCUGUAGUAGCGGCAGCGGCAGCAUAUCCUUCGGAGAAACAGGGAGAAACGUAUGCUGUACAAGCAGAAACACAAGGAUAUCCACCCUCUAAUUCUGAACCACUGCCUCUCUAUUCUCCAUCGAUGCCUCUAGCGUCCUCCAGCGAGAAGCCACCAAAUCAAUCCGUCGAAAAUCCUCACAUUAUACUGAAUGAGCUGCCAGCUGAAUCCCAGAUGGGCAAGUCUUCAGAAGGAGUUACGAGCACUGAAAGUGCAAUGGAUCAAGAGAUUGCUAUGCUGAAGGCACGCCUGUUGCAAAUGGAGCUGGAAAAGAGAGGAUUAUCAUUCCCUCCAAUUAAUAUUGGCAAGGUUGCACCUGAAGCUCCUAUGUCACCACAAUUGACAGUCGGUCUUGGUUGUUCAGACCAUGAAGCUUCUCGAGCAGCAACGCCGAUGCCACCAUCAGCAACCCCUGUGCAAGCUGCUCUAUCCUCACCUCCACCUGCAAUAUCGGGCUUUGCUCCAUCACCUAUGAGUACACCUCCACCGAUGUACGAUAGUUCUGUCCAAGCUGGGCCGGCUUCUCCACACGCACAGCAGAUGUCUCCAGCACCGCCAUCUGGUCCUCCUCCUCAGCAUCUACAACAAAUGUCACCACCUCCGCCUCCAGGUCCUCCUCCUCAAGUCUUGCAUACACCUACACCACCACCAGGGCCUCCUCCCCAAAACCUACAGUUACACACACCUACGCCACCACCCGGUCCGCCGCCUCAAGUACAACAACAUCAUAUACCUCCACCAGGCCCUCCUCCCCAGAACAUGCAACAACACCAGAUGCCAGCUUCUCCACCACCUGGGCCUCCACCUCAAGACCUACAACAACACCAAAUGGUGCCACCUCAAAACCAACCACAAGCACAAUACCAAUUCCAGCAGCCGAGCUAUACUACAGUUCAACCCCCAAAACCAGACUAUCAACGCAACGACAGCGGCUACUACUCCCAACCCCCAUCCCGAAACCCAUCCGUCACCUCAAUACCACAAUACACUCCAGCACCCACUUCACAAUACGCCCCAACGCCCGUGUCCCAAUAUGCAGCCAGCCCCGGACUGCAAUCCCCAAUAUCUCCUCAGUCAACAGGAGCGAGUCUCUACAACCCUUCCCAACACCGCUACAGUAUGUCCAGUCAAUCCGUCUACACUCCCGCUUCCACACCUGGUUCAGCAUUGUAUUUCCCUCCUCCGCCCGGCAAUACCAAUCUCCCCGCUGUUCAUCCGGUUGGCAAACAGGAUUACUUCGGACAGGCUAGAAUUAGUACGCCGCAACCGCCUAUUUAUCAACCGCAGCCGCAGAUGGGACAACCGCAACAGAUACAAGUACAGCAAAUGGGACAGCCACAACAGCCUCAACAGCCACAACAGAUGUAUAGUCAACCACCGCAACAGCAGCAGGUGCAAGGGACGCAGGGAUGGCAAUGGGGAGCACCACAACAGCAAUUUGUGCAGCAGCCGGUGCAGACGGGAUAUCCUGUGCAGCAACAACAAGUUUGGCGUUGA